AUGUGUGCUACAAUGAUGAUGCAUCACAGUAUUAUUACAAGGCGUCAUGAGUCGCAACCAUGGACAACAAUCCCAGUCCGUUGUCUCUUUGGGAUCAAAGGUGCAUACGGUAGCCCCAGCCGUGCAACGGUGGAGUCUCACAUGAUGAGAAGCAUUGGCUUCCAUGUCCUGUUCCAGAAACAUGCUCUGAAAACUCUGCUCAUGGUGCAUCGCUCUGGCGGUGGGUUUAGAAAGCCAAAGAUUGUGGUUGCUACUAUUACCCCAGAUCUCCCGCAUUUGCGGGAUUAUCAUGAUGGUUGA